AUGGAGGAAGAUCUUGACUACGAAUCUUUGGGUGACAACUCUACAAUGGCCCAGAAUGCUAUGGCCGGAGCAUUAGCUGGAAUUGGAGAACAUUGCUUGAUGUAUCCUAUCGACAGUAUAAAGACCCGAAUGCAGGUCUUUGCUCCCCAUGCAAAAGAGACAGCGUGGAAGCAGCAAAAAAAUUUAUGGAGAGGAGUGUACUCUGUUGUUAUGGGAGCUGGGCCUGCCCACGCAGUUCAUUUUGCAAUAUAUGAAUAUUGCAAAGAUCACUUUAACGCUAAAUUAAAUGCCUUUGCAAUCCUCUCAACACAAGAACAAGUACGGCAAUCAGCGGCAUCGGCAGCAGCAGGCGCAUGUGCAACCCUUGCGCAUGACUGUCUAAUGACACCCUUUGAUGUUAUCAAACAGAGAAUGCAACUAGAGGAUUCUACGUAUCGGUCUGUAAGAUCAUGCGCGAGGGCUGUAUAUAGAUCGGAGGGAUUGGCAGCAUUCUACAUCUCAUUACCAACGACUUUAUCAAUGUCAAUUCCAUUCCAAUCGAUUCAGUUUGCAACUUACGAGUUCUUCCGGACAUUGAUCCACCCACAAGGCGACUACAAUCCCACCUCUCACGUGGUGGCUGGUGCACUCGCAGGCGGAUUUGCUUCUUCAAUCACGACCCCGCUUGAUGUCAUCAAGACGCUCCUACAGACUCGAGGAUCCUCGUCUGACCCAAAGAUUCGACAAGCAUCCGGAUUCUGCGACGCCGCCAAGAUUAUAUACGAGCGAGACAGCUAUCGAGGUUUUUUCCGGGGAUUUAAGCCUCGAAUUCUCACUCAUAUGCCCAGUACCGCCAUAAGUUGGAGUGUAUAUGAAUAUUUCAAGUGGUUUCUCAGCAGUGAAACAUAG